AUGGCGCAUGGCGCAGGGAAGGUCGCCGAAAGGCCAGUGCGGAAUAACAAUCACGGAAGCAAACAAAAAUCGGGCUGCACGCGGAGGUAUUCUCCAGCGUUUGCUCCCCGCCGCGUCAGACGUGGCCACAAUAGGGAACGGACCAGUAAAUCGUUACGCGACCCUUACGAGACCCAUGCUUCUCGCGUAUCUGGCCCGUAUAUGAGGGCCAGUCUCGCUCUUUGA